AUGUCCAUUGAGCCGGAGAGGCGAAAGAAAGAAUUGAUGAGAGAGAGGGUAAUCUACUUCUUCAAGACGAGGACAUAUUUCUCUACGUGCCGCCGCUUGCUGCUUUCUCAAUUUUCCUUGAACUUUCUUGACUGUGUAAGGAAAGGUAUUGUUUGUUUUUGUUCUUCCCCUUGCCUUUUUCCCCAACCAUCGUCGGAUUCGGACAUUCAGCUUAUCGAGCAGCCCUCAGCGCGUACCUCAUGCGAGUUUGCUUACUUGCGUUGCUGCACAUCUUUUGCUGAUGGUUUCGGUCGGCGACCGAAAGCGACUUCUCUCACCAAAAGCAAAGACGUGGGAUUCGACCUUGGAUUUCGGUGGCAUAAACACAUAUUCAUACAUACCUUUGAGCUACCUUGGGCACACCACUACCUUGUCCAUUCAUCUUCCUCCUCCUCGACAGAUAAACGACGACUUACACCGACCGCUGCGACCAUCACCUCAACCACACCUCAAUCACACCUCUCAGAGCUCUUCUUCCCCCCCGCCUUGGAACAACCUGCAUAA